UUGUCUGAACUGCGCUCCGCUGCGCCCUGGAGCUUCGGCGCGGCUGAAGUUCUCCUGGCUGGGGACGAAGCAACCUCGUAAUCCCUCCCCCAUCUGGGCCCCUCUGCCCUUCUCCUGGACCCCCCCUUGGGGCUUAACCCCCCCCACACACACCUGCCUCCCCCACCUGCUGCUCCCCAGCUCCGGGCACCUGGGCACCUCCCCACAGCCUUCCACCUCUCCAAAGGCGCACGAUCUUGGGGUCUCUUGCGCCCCGUCCUGGGGUCCCCAUGGCCAGCCGCCGGGCCGUGCCCCCCUCGCUCUGGUCCGGCCACGAGCGACUGCGCAUCGGUGAGCGUCUCCAAGCCAGCCUGGCCGGUCUUUGGGAACUGGAUCUCUUGCGCGAAAUGCAGAAAGCCAACGUGGAAAGCGCCCUGGCUGGGUCGGAGUCGCCAUCGGAGGACUCAAAUGGCUUCAGAGAGGGAAAAUUGACCCAUCCCAACAUUGCAAAGCUGGACCAGAACAAAGCGGAACCGGUCCUCGGAUGUGCCGAGGUACGCUGUGGCUUCUACACCUCGUCGGAGAACAUGGAGUUGUGUGUUCAUGCUGAAGAUGAUUCAGACAAGGAAGGUCUGGGGCUAAGGAUGAUGGGUGAGGAGACCAAGAAAGUAGGCAUCAACGGAGGAGACACCUCAGAGAUGCCGGAAGCCGAUUCCAGACCCAGUUCAGGGUUUUACGAAACCAGCGACAUGGGUUCCCUCUCGGAUUCCUGUGCCUCGGUGCACAGCGACGGACCUGGGGCCUCGCGGUGUAGCAUCGGAUCCCUCCCUCACCUCCCCGGAUUGCGCGAGAACGGCUUCAUCCGGCCACGGUCGACGGACGAGGCGGCCGUCCGGCUCCUAGAUCUCCGAUUGCAGCGUCUGACCUUGACGAACGUCACCGGGACCGACAACCGACGUCCGGUAUCCACCGGUGACCUUGAGUUCCUGUUGGGCCUUGGGUCCCUGCCCCUCCCGAGGCCUCCGAAUUUUCAGCUUCUACGGUACAAGUCUGACCUGGUCUCCCGAAACACCAAUGAAGUCUACCACUACCCCAGCCCUCUGCACGCCGUAGCCUUACAGAGUCCUCUCUUCACCAAUGGACUCUCUCAAAGUUCAUCCCAAGAAGAGCUUGACGAGAUGCCCCCAAAGGUUCCCCGAUCCGAGUCUCCCAAGAAAGACUCCAGAGAACUGCCGAGGGUCCGCUUGGACCAAUACAUGGCGAAGUUGGUGCUGCGUUAUAAGUGCCGCACAGCGGCAAAUCGUACCGAAUCGGGAUACCUUGUGGGGAAUCAGAAGAGUUUAUCCAUGACGUCCAUCUGUAGCUCUGGACAGGUGGCCGCUCAAGUCCUCGGUCCGAUUCCAGGAUGGAAGAUUCGACGGCGCAUCUCCACCUGUUCUCACUUACGUUCUCCUGAAGGUCCAGACGGAGCACGAGAUUCCCGGGUCCUGGAUGGGUUGUGGGACUUCCCGCCGUUCCCAGAGAUCAGCUCAUUUCAGUCUAGUACAGCCAACCUCGUUAAACCGAGCGAGUUGUCUGUGAUUUCCCUCUCUUCGCCCCAGGAUCCUUCGGUUAAAUUUGUCCUGAACAAGCAAUCGGCCACGCCGGAUCGAAAAAUUUGGGCCGCAGGGCCCCAGCAACAGAUAACCAAGACAGAGACCGCUUUCAGAAAGGAGACCUCUUUGCCCCGGGCCACGACUGGUGUUGACAAGCUAUACAAAGGCAAACACGCUUCGCGGGAAUUGGUGAAAACUCCAGAGAAAGGAGAGAAAGCAGCCGAGAGAAGCUGGUUGAGUCCCCGCGAAUUGCUGCGCAGAUUAAGUCUCCGGCGCAAACCGUCGUCCCGCCCAGUAGGCAGGGCCCGAGCCAGUUCGGAAAUGAACGUUCACGCAGCCGCCGGGCUGGUGUGUGCCAGCCAACUUCAAACCAACCGAGGCAAGGCCAUCAAGCCAAAAUGGACGUCGGUCCUGGAAAUAUCCAGCAAGUCCUCCGGACGGCACCGUGCCAAAGCGGGGACGUUCCUUCCGCCGGUGAUUUUGAACCGCAACCUUGCCUUUUCCUCCGACGCUCCGGCAACCUUCUGCUUCCCAGAGGACGGCCAGUUUGACCUGCCGCCUCGGCAGCGGGCCAGACAUCCCGGCAACGGAUGCAGGCUGAGCGAGGUGGAAGCGACCAGCGCUGUCAGCCUGAACGGGGACUGGAUGUUCCACCACCAGCUUGGAGACCGAUGGCUGCAUGGCUCCGCCACGUUGGAUUCGUCCGAUUUGCCCCCUCACAACUUUAAGCUUCGACGCAGCCGUUCUUUCAAAGAGCUGAAGAAGAUGGUAUCCCGCUCCUUCAAGAGUUCCCGAACUGCCAAAUACUAGAGAAAAAAAAAAACCCAGACAAUCAUUUGGGGACGUGGUGUGAAAGAGGAAUUAGCUUCUGAAUGCGUUGGGGGUUUGGUUUUUGUCACGUUCGUGUCGCAAAACUUUCUCUUAAGUUUGGAUGACGAGACUGCCUCCGGCACGUUGGCAUCCUUCCACAUUGCAGUGUCCUGAAUUUGGCGGAGGAUGUCUUGAAUUCAAAUGUAAACCUCUCGAACCGUAGGAAACCCACGGGCCUGAAACGCAAACCAAAGCUGAACUUACGAUCUCUGUCAAAAGCCUUGAGAGGUUUUCUAUCAGCUGCUGCUUCUCCUCAUUCUGAACUGGCUUUUUAAAUUUUGCCGCAGGAGCAUGGAAGGGGGUCAAAGAAACGUCGCUUUGGUUGAAGUCUGCUUUUGAUCUUGGAGUGGUUUUGAUAUCAGGGACCAAAAGAUAAAAAAAAUGUGUACUUCUUUAUUAUUUACCACCGGGGAUUCACGCUAGGUAAUCUAUGCCGGAUCAGUGAAUGCCUGGUGUUGUUUUUGGGUUGUUAAUGGACAAUAAAACCAAAAAGAUGGUGAAUAAUCGUGGGUAGGUAGGAGAGCCUGUUUGUGUUAAGCUAUCCCCCUCCCUCCAAAUCAGCUGGAUUUGAAGCUAGUUCUGAGCAAGCACAAUCUUCUAUUACAGGUAUUUAUGAUGACAGCCGAGCCCCAAAUUUCCGCUGCUAAGCAAGGCAGUUGUUAAGCGAACUUUGCCCAUUUUACGCCCGCUCUAGCCACGGUUAUUAAGCAAAUCCCUGCAGUUGUAGGUCACAAAAGGGGAUCACGUGACUGUCGUAAAUAUGAGUCAGUUGCCCCAUUUUGAUCAUUGGGAGGCUGCCAUGGAUGCUAGUGUGAAAAAUGAUCGUGUCCCUUUUUUCAGUGCCGUUUGCAACUUGGAACAGUCCCUAAAUGACCUGUUGUAAGUGGAGGACUGCCUGCAAGUAAGGAUUUACUUAACAACUGCCUCGCUUAACGACAGAGAUUUCAGGCUGAAUUCUGGUCAUAAGCUGAGAGCUAUCUGUGUUUCCAAUUCGUACAAACCCAUGGCUUUUUAAUGGCCAAAAUGGAACCGUGUCUAUUUCCACAUCCAUAACCCAUUGUGGUUUAUUUCCCCAAACCAUAAUGAAAUUCUGGUUUGGGGCUGAUCCCAGUUUUAACGGUUUGAGCACGCCACCUUGAAAUUAUCGGAUGUGGGGUCAAGACACGUUUCUGAGCCUCAGCUGGCAACUCCCCCCCCCUCUUUGGAUUAGGGCUUCCAUCCUCCUCAACAGGAACAGGGCUGGCUGGGGAUGACGGGGUUGUCACUGCAGCCAAACAAGGACGAUGGGAGAACGGCUUCACUCUUCCGUUCAGCUUGCCGUGGGGCGAAAAGAGCCGUUUUCAGGGAUCCCAAAGGAGAGGGCGUGAUUUCUGUAAUUAAAAUGUAUGUGCCACACAGCCCGUGCCAUGACCUUGGAUUUUCUCCUGUCCCCACCCCAGCUAUGCAAUUUUGCACAACUGGUACCUGUUACUUCUCUCUUCUCUUUUUUCUUCCAAGAGUAUAAAAAGCCGCAGCAAUUGCUGUUUACAUCGGAGAUUCGAUUCCUUGGCACCACGUUGCAAAUGACUGUAAUUAGCAAGGCUGGGAGACAGCAAGGAGCAUAGCAAGCAAGUUGGAGCUUGCUUGGUAAAGAGUCGGUCCUUAAACCUGUUUUAUUUUCCUGGGCCAGAAACGCUGCUUCGACAACUUUGCAGCCUAACCCAACCGUUUAAAAAAAAAAAAAAAGGCAAUCAAUUUUUUUAUUGAAUUGACAUAGAUGAACUUAACUGGAUGAAAUAUGAUUUGAAUUACUUUUUUUUUUCUUUUGCAAAAUAUUCAAGAUAUUUUAUACAUCUCGGAUAUAUAAACAUCUGAAAUAUC